AUGAUUGGUAUUGUUUCACAGGAACCAGUAUUAUUUGAUGGUACAAUAUCAGAUAAUAUUGUUUAUGGUAAAUUAGAUGCUACACAAAAUGAAAUUAAUGAAGCAGCCAGAAAAGGUGAUGCAUGGCAAUUUAUAAGUGCUUUACCAAUGGGUUUUCAUGAAAAAAUAGGAUAUAAAGGUGGAUUAUUAUCAGGUGGUCAAAAACAAAGAAUAGCUAUUGCUAGAGCUGUUAUUAGAAAUCCAAAAUUAUUAAUUUUUGAUGAAGCUACAAGUGCAUUAGAUUUUAAACAUGAAGGUGAUGUACAAAAAGCUAUAGAAAUAGCAAGUAAAGGUAUAACAACUAUAACAAUAGCACAUCGUUUAAAUACAUUAAAAAAUAUGGAUAGAAUAAUAGUAUUAAAUGAUGGUAAAAUUGUUGAAGAUGGUACACCAGAAGAAUUAUUAAAAGCUAAAGGAAAAUAUUUUAGAAUGUAUAUGGAUCAAAAAGUUGAUGAAUUUGAUUUAGAAGCUCAUAUGAUAGAUAAAGGAAUAACAAAAAAUAAAGAAUUAAAACAAAAAUUUUCUAUAGGUAGUUAUGAAAGAAAUAAUUAUAUUAAAAUAGAUCGAUCAAAAUCAAAUGUAGGUGAAAGAAAAAGAUUAGGUAGAAGUUAUUCAAUGAUAAGUACUAAAAGUGAAAAUUUAACAAAACCAAUAACUUUUAAAAGAAAUAGAUUUAAUAAAAGUAUGAGAGGAAAUAUUGUUGAUUUACCUAUAAUGGAAAAUGAAGUAGAAAGAUUGGAGGAAGAUGAAUUACCAGGAAAAAUUACUAAUUUAAAAGCAAUUGGAAAAUUAAUAAUUAAUUAUAAAGAGGGAUUUUUUAUUUUAUUAUCAGCAAUUCCAUUAACAAUAUUACGUGGUAUAUUUUAUUUACUUGUAUGUUUUGAAGUUGCCAGUGUCCUUGAAGUUACAUUAUCUCCUGAUGAUAAAAUAAGUCAAGGAAUUUUUAAUGUUGGAUCAUUAUAUAUUAGUUUAAUAAUUAUAAAAACAAUUUUUGAAGCAUUAGGAAGGUUAAAUGUAGCAAAAUAUGGUCAUGGUUUUUGUAGUUAUUUAAGAUAUAAUAUGUUAAAAAAACUUUUAAGACAUGGAAGUGGAUAUUUUGAUGAAGAUAAAAAUACUCCUGGAAGAUUAGUAUAUAAAUUAAUAAAUGAAACUGCUGUUUUAAAUAGAAUAUUAUCAGAAAAAAUUGAUCUCUUAAUACCAGCAAUUGUAUGUUCAUUAACUUCAAUAUCUAUAGCUAUAUUUAUUAAUUGGAAAUUAGCAUUAUUGUGUUCCUUUCAAUUUCCAGCAUUUUUCUUUUUUAGACUUUUAGAAUUUCGUGAAGCUAAUAAAAGACAAAAAAAUAUGCUUGAUGAAGAAAGAAAAGUUGCCAAUCUUGCUCAUAUGGUAUUAUCAAAUAUUUGUACAAUAAAAGCUUACAAUUUACAAAGACAUUUUAUAAAUAUUUUUAAUGAAGCAUUAAAAAGUUUAGAAAAAGCUAUGAAAUAUCAAAGUAUUAUAAGUGCUAUUGUAUUUUCAUGUCAAUUUAGUUUUUCAUAUAUAAUGAUAGCUAUAACAUUAUAUUUUGGUAAAAAUAUGAUAAUUAAAAAUGAAAUUGAUCCUUUUAAUUAUCUUAGAGUUGUUUUAUUAACACAAUUUGGUGCUAAUUUUAUAAGUCAACUUAUUGCUAGUGUAACAGAUAUUUCAAAGGCACGUAUUUGUUCUGAACAUAUACUUGAUGUAUUAACUGAAAAAGCUGUUGAUAUGGAUAAUAUGAGUGAUGAAGGAUUUAAACCAAUGAUUGUUGGAAGAAUGAAAUUAGAAGAUAUUGAUUUUAGAUAUCCUUCAAGACCAAUAGUUCCAAUAUUAAAAAAUCUUAAUAUAACAUUUGAUGUUGGUAAAAAAAUUGCUAUUAUUGGUACUAGUGGUUGUGGAAAGUCAACAAUUUUAUCAUUAUUACAAAGACUUUAUAUACCAACAAAAGGAAAUGUGAUGCUAGAUAAUUAUAAUAUUAAAACAAUAAAUCCACAAUAUUUAAGAAGAAUGAUUGCUAGUGUUAUGCAAGAACCAGCUUUAUUUAGUUUUACGAUUAGAGAAAAUAUAACAUUUGGUAUACCAGAGGAGUAUGUUUCUAUGGAUAAAGUUAUAGAUGCUGCUAAAUUAGCAAAUAUUCAUGACUUUAUUAUAGGACUUCCAAAUGGUUAUGAAACAAAUGUUGGUGAAUAUAUAAAUAUGAGUGGUGGUGAAAAACAAAGAUUAGCAAUAGCUAGAGCAUUAUUUCGUGAACCAAAAGUAUUGUUACUUGAUGAAGCAACUUCAGCAUUAGAUUUAAUAAGUGAAAAAGCUGUCCAAAAAACAUUAGAAGAAGUUAGAAAAAAGACAACUUGUAUACAUGUAACACAUAAAUUAAGUUCAAUAAGAAAUGCUGAUAAAAUAAUAGUUUUGGUAAAUGGUCAAGUAGCUGAAGAAGGUACACAUCAAGAAUUAAUGAAAAUAGAAGGAUUUUAUUAUGAAAUGGCAAUGCUUCAAAAAAUCGAUUAA